AACCCUGUCGCGUGGCUACUUGUGCCUUAAUUGCAAGAUUGGGCACUUCUUGCUCAAAUUUUGUAUUCGUUUGAUUUUAAUCUCUGUAGAUCGCUCUGGAUGUAUCACUGGGAAAGGAAACAUGUUGUUUCUGGAUGGAUAACUACUUUCUGGCCUUUAAUUUUUCGUCCACCCUAGAUGUAACUAACUUGAGAGGUUUUCUGUUAAACCUAGCUUUCGCAAGGCUUCCUGAUUGUAAUUGUGAAUGACGAUUUUUUAUACUCAGGACAAUUCACCCAGUCUUGCUAAACGGGUAAAAAAGAGUGAUACUCGAGAGAUCGAGAGCUUCUAUCAGCAAUACUAUGAGAACUACGUUCGUGCUCUGGACAAGGGCGAGCAAGCAGAUAGAGCUCAACUUGCAAAAGCUUAUCAAACAGCCGGCGUCCUUUUCGAAGUCCUCUGUGCUGUUAAUAAGACUGAAAAAGUUGAAGAAGUUGCUCCGGAGAUUAUUGCUGCUGCAAAAGAUGUCCAAGAAAAGACAGAAAUUUAUGUGCCGUACAACAUCCUUCCCUUGGAUGCUGCUGGUGCUUCACAAAGUAUUAUGCAGCUUGAGGAGAUUAAAGCAGCUGUCACUGCCCUGAGGAAUACGAGAGGUUUGAAUUGGCCCGCUUCCUUUGAACAGCAAAGACAUAAGACUAGGGACUUGGACCUACUUGAUUGGUUAAGGGUUGUAUUUGGAUUUCAGAGAGAUAGUGUAAGGAAUCAAAGAGAGCAUCUGAUCCUGCUCCUUGCCAAUGUUCACAUAAGGCUGACACCAAAACCUGAGCCUAUUAACAAGCUGGAUGCUCGAGCUGUUGAUGCAAUUAUCAAUAAACUUUUCAAGAACUACAAACAGUGGUGCAAAUUUUUAGGACGCAGGCAUAGUUUAAGGUUUCCACAAGGUGCACAACAAGAAGAUAUCCAGCAAAGGAAGAUCCUCUAUAUGGGGUUGUUUCUUCUUAUAUGGGGAGAAGCUGCCAACGUCCGCUUUAUGCCUGAAUGUCUGGCCUACAUAUUCCAUAAUAUGGCAUAUGAGCUGAAUGGCCUACUAGCUGGGAAUGUCAGUGUUGUGACGGGUGAGAAUAUCAGGCCUUCAUAUGGGGGAGAUGAUGAAGCAUUCCUGAAGAAAGUGAUCAGUCCAAUUUAUCGUGUGAUUGAACAGGAAGCUAAAAAGAGUAACGAUGGAAAAGCCCCACAUUCAGCUUGGUGCAAUUAUGACGAUCUAAAUGAAUACUUCUGGUUUUCUGAUUGCUUUUCUUUGGGGUGGCCAAUGAAGGAUGAUGGGGAUUUCUUUAAAGCCAUACGGGAAACAAGGGCAGCAAGUGCAUUACAAAAUGUCUCUAAUAAGAGCACAGGAAAAUCGAGUUUUGUCGAAACAAGAACAUUUUGGCACAUAUUUAGGAGUUUUGAUCGCAUGUGGACUUUCUAUAUACUUGCACUACAGGCAAUGCUAAUCGUGGCCUGGAGUGGAUAUUCACUGACAGAUAUAUUUCAGAAACAUAUAUUAUACUCAAUUUCUAGUAUUUUUAUUACAGCGGCGCUUUUACGCCUCCUUCAAAGUGUUCUUGACCUUGUUCUAAAUUUCCCUGGCUACCACAGAAGGAAAUUCACUGAUGUCUUACGAAAUUUUCUUAAGAUAUUCAUCAGUGUUGCAUGGGUUAUAAUUCUUCCUCUCUUCUAUGUUGAUUCAGCAUCAAAUAUAACUCUUCCUUGGGAAGCCUUGACAGAGUGGCUACAUCAAGUAAAAGGGGUUCCACCUUUAUAUAUCAUAACGGUGGCAUUAUACAUGUUACCAAACUUAUUGGCAGCAUUCUUGUUCUUGUUUCCUAUGCUCCGAAGAUGGAUAGAGAAUUCAGAUUGGCAUAUAAUCCGAUUACUAAUGUGGUGGUCUCAGCCAAGAGUUUAUGUGGGCCGCGGUAUGCAUGAGAGUCAAUUUACAUUAUUCAAGUAUACUCUUUUCUGGGUUUUGCUAUUGACAUGCAAAUUUGCCUUCAGUUAUUUCUUUCAGAUAAAACCUCUAGUAAUGGCCACAAAGGUUAUAAUGAAUGUGCACAACAUUCAUUAUGCCUGGCAUGAAUUCUUCCCCAACUCUUCUGGUAGUCUUGGGUCUGUUGUUUCACUAUGGGCUCCCGUGAUAUUGGUGUACUUCAUGGACACCCAAAUAUGGUAUGCAAUUUUUUCCACCUUAUAUGGAGGUGGCUCUGGAGCAUUUGGUCGACUUGGAGAGAUACGGACACUUAGCAUGCUGAGAUCAAGGUUUCACUCUUUGCCUGGAGCUUUCAACACAUAUCUUAUACCAGCUGAGAAAGUUCGUAAAAGGCGAUUCUCACUCUCGAAGCACUUUUCUGAGGCAUCUCCAAACAAGAGAACUGAGGCAGCAAAGUUUGCUCAGCUAUGGAAUGAUGUAAUAUGUAGUUUCCGAGAAGAGGAUCUUAUAAAUGAUAGAGAGGUGGAUCUUUUGCUAGUCCCUUACUCUUCAGAUCCUAGCCUCAAGAUAAUACAAUGGCCACCGUUCCUACUUGCUAGCAAGAUACCAAUAGCAUUGGAUAUGGCUGCACAAUUUCAAUCAAAGGACUCUGAUCUUUGGAAAAGAAUCUGUGUGGAUGAGUAUAUGAAAUGUGCUGUCAUUGAAUGCUAUGAGUCCUUUAAACUAGUACUUGAUCUUCUGAUAGUUGGGGAGAAUGAGAAAAGGAUCAUUGGCAUAAUUAUUAGGGAAAUUGAAGCUAGCAUAGCAAAGAAUGCCUUCCUCAGUAACUUCAGGAUGAGCGCAUUGCCAACAUUGUGCAAAAAGUUUGUCAAACUUCUAGAAAUCUUGAAAGUGGGUGAUGCGUCUAAGUUUGAAACAGUCGUUCUAUUGCUUCAAGACAUGCUGGAAGUGGUCACCCGUGAUAUGAUGGUUCAUGAGAUUCGAGAAUUGGUUGAGCUUGGCCACAGUAAUAAAUAUUCUGUACCUCGAGGGCAACUUUUUGCGGGAACAGGUUCAAAACCAUCAAUAGUGUUUCCACCAAUGAUUACACCACAUUGGGAAGAACAGAUUAAUCGGUUGUACCUCCUAUUGACAGUAAAAGAAUCUGCAAUAGAUGUACCUAUUAACCUUGAAGCUCGUAGAAGAAUAGCAUUUUUCUCAAACUCUUUAUUCAUGGAAAUGCCACGUGCACCUCGAGUUCGGAAAAUGUUAUCAUUCAGUGUAAUGACCCCUUAUUACAGUGAGGAGACUGUAUUUUCUAACAACGAUCUUGAUUUGGAGAAUGAAGAUGGGGUGUCUAUCAUAUUUUAUCUGCAAAAAAUCUAUCCAGAUGAAUGGAAUAAUUUCGUGGAGCGAAUCAAUUGCAAACAUGAGGGUGAGGUUUGGUCAAAUGAGGAGAAUGUUCUACAACUUCGUCAUUGGGCCUCUCUUAGGGGACAAACUCUUUGUAGAACUGUUAGAGGUAUGAUGUAUUAUCGGAGAGCGUUGAAACUUCAAGCUUUUCUUGACAUGGCUCCAGAAAGUGAUAUACUUCAAGGAUAUAAAGCUGUUGCUGAUCCAGAACACGCAGAAAAGAGGAGUCAAAGAUCAUUAUCUGCUCAGCUUGAAGCUAUAGUGGAUAUGAAAUUCACAUAUAUUGCAACUUGCCAAAUAUACGGCAAUCAAAAACGGUCAGGAGAUCGCCGUGCAACAGAUAUCUUGAAUUUGAUGGUCAACUACCCUUCUCUUCGUGUUGCAUAUAUUGAUGAAAUUGAAGAGAGAGAUGGUGACAAGGUUCAUAAGGUCUAUUACUCUGUUCUAGUAAAAGCUGUUGACAACCAUGACCAGGAAAUAUACCGUAUUAAGCUUCCUGGAUCAGCAAAAAUUGGUGAAGGAAAACCAGAAAAUCAAAACCAUGCAAUCAUUUUUACUCGCGGCGAAGCUCUUCAGACUAUUGAUAUGAAUCAAGAUAACUAUUUGGAGGAAGCACUUAAAAUGCGCAACCUUCUUGAAGAAUUCAAUGAAGACCAUGGAUUGCACCAACCUACUAUUCUUGGUGUACGUGAGCAUAUUUUCACAGGAAGUGUUUCAUCUUUGGCAUGGUUUAUGUCAAACCAGGAAACGAGUUUUGUGACAAUAGGACAAAGAGUCCUUGCAAGCCCAUUAAAAGUGCGGUUUCAUUAUGGUCACCCAGAUGUCUUUGAUAGAAUAUUUCACAUCACCAGGGGUGGAAUUAGCAAGGCAUCUCGAGGAAUUAACUUGAGCGAGGAUAUAUUUGCUGGCUUCAACUCAACAUUGAGACGUGGAAAUAUCACACAUCAUGAGUACAUCCAGGUUGGGAAAGGCCGAGAUGUUGGACUUAAUCAAAUCUCACUCUUUGAAGCAAAAGUGGCUUGCGGCAAUGGGGAGCAAAUACUUAGCAGAGACAUUUAUCGUUUGGGUCAUCGUUUUGACUUCUUCCGUAUGCUGUCAUGUUACUUCACUACUGUGGGAUUUUAUAUCAGCUCAAUGGUGGUUGUAAUUAUAGUCUACACCUUCGUAUAUGGAAGACUAUACAUGUCAUUAAGUGGGACUGAGGCUGCAAUUUUGAAAGAAGCUCUAAUGAGUGGGAACACUGCUCUGGAGUCAGCCAUGGCAUCACAAUCCGUGGUUCAAUUAGGCCUACUAAUGGCCUUGCCUAUGUUUAUGGAGUUAGGAUUAGAACGAGGGUUCAGAACUGCGAUGGGAGACUUUAUCAUUAUGCAACUUCAGCUCUGUUCAGUUUUCUUCACAUUCUCUCUGGGAACAAAGUCACACUAUUUUGGACGAACUGUCCUGCAUGGUGGUGCAAAAUAUAGAGCAACUGGAAGAGGUUUUGUCGUGCGGCAUGUGAAGUUUGCUGAGAACUACAGACUGUAUUCUAGGAGUCACUUUGUUAAAGGGUUAGAGUUGAUGAUAGUUCUGAUAGCUUAUCAGAUCUAUGGAAAUGCUGCUGCAGGUCCAACUACCUCAUUGUUCUUAACUGGAUCCAUGUGGUUCAUGGUAAUUACGUGGUUAUUUGCACCAUUCCUAUUCAACCCAUCAGGCUUUGAAUGGCAAAAGAUAGUGGAAGACUGGGACGAUUGGACCAAAUGGAUUAACAGCAGAGGAGGAAUUGGGGUGCCAGCAAACAAAAGUUGGGAAUCUUGGUGGGGGGAAGAACAAGAACACUUGCAGUCCACUGGGUUUGUUGGUCGUUUAAUUGAGAUUGUCCUGACUCUGCGCUUCUUCAUUUUCCAAUAUGGCCUUGUAUACCACCUUCAUGUUGCUAAUGAUGAUAAAAGCAUCAUCGUGUACGGUUUGUCCUGGUUAGUGAUCGUUGCAGUAUUUGUAAUUUUGAAGGUGGUAUCACUUGGUAGGAAGAAGUUUAGUGCCGAUUUCCAGCUUAUGUUCCGACUUCUUAAAUUACUGCUCUUCAUUGGUUUAGUGGGAACGGUGGGCGUCCUCUUUGCCCUUCUUAAUCUAACCAUUGGUGAUAUAUUUGUCAGUAUCCUCGCUUUCAUGCCAACUGGAUGGGCCUUGGUGCAGAUAUCACAGGCACUGCGGCCCCUGGUUAACGGAGCGGGCUUAUGGCCGUCGGUGAAGGCUUUGGCAAGGGGAUACGAAUACGUGAUGGGGCUGGUGAUCUUUGCUCCUGUCGCCGUUCUCGCUUGGUUCCCCUUCGCCUACGAGUUCCAGACGCGGCUGCUGUUCAACCAAGCCUUCAGCCGAGGGCUCCAAAUAUCGCGUAUCCUUGCUGGUGGUAAGAAGCACAACUGAACCGAGUGAUGAUUGUGCAUAGUUUUGUAACUUUUGCCUAUUCUACAACUACUGUAGCAUUUACUUAGAUUCAACCAAUGUGUUGGUAAGAAACACACCAAUGGUUUUCCGAAAUAAAAAGGAAAAAGAAACUCCUA